GGUGAACAAAUCGCUAAAACUUCACUCAGGUAGCUGAUAAAUAAUAAGUUCUGUUUUAUUUACAUAAAAAUUCGAUUUCUUCUUGUGAAAGUUAGUGUAGAAGAGAAUCUUUAAAAUGAAGUGUGUUCAUGUGUCUAAAAUACUCAAACGAACGAUUAUGCCAGCAUUACAUCUAUAUAAUGAUCCAGAUGCGUUUUGUUUACUCUCCGCUGCCCUGUCAGUCGCACACUCGUAGCCAGUCGAGUCUGAUCAGUGAUGUCUCGACUGCACAUUAUGGUGCUGGUGCCGCUGCCGACAUAACGCGGCUCGUGUGAUAUCAAAACAAUGUCAUCAAACUCUUAUCACUGCCAGAUAAUCAAAUGAUGGCAAUAAUAAAAUGAGUUCCAAGCUAAGCUUCCAUUCGCUACAUGCAUUGUAUCGUAAAAGAGACUAUUAAGAAUCAAAAGUGCCUGUUUCUCGAGAUAUAUUUUUAAAAAUGAGACAUGCAUCCAGCCGAAAUGCAAAAAAGUGUUUCAGUGCAGGUAGAUAGUGAUUUUGCCCUUUUACUGCCCAGUGGUGCUUAUGAGAUAAAAAAGAUGGAGCCAAGAUCCAGGUUACGAAAAGUGAUACUGUUCUGUUUACUGCUCUCACUGUUUGGGAUGGUGGCAUUCGGAUACUUUUGCCCCGAUCAGGUGUGUGCAUUAUCACCGCGAGAGAGAGUAGCAGAAUCGUUGGCGCUGACAUACGCGGAGGCUCCGGGGCGGCCGCUGCCGGAUGUGAUAUCACAGCCUGGUCUAUCAUACGACGAGGUCCUUCACGAUGACUUCCGGUUUGAUCUGAACGCUCAUGACGUCAUGGUGUUUUUGCACAUACAGAAGACGGGGGGAACGUCUUUUGGAAGGCACUUGGUUAUGGAUCUAGAUUUGAAGAGGCCGUGCAACUGUCAGCGGGCUCGAAAACGUUGCCAUUGUUUUCGGCCUCACAGCAACGAAAUAUGGCUUUUUUCGAGAUACUCCACUGGCUGGAAAUGCGGCCUGCACGCUGAUUUUACGGAGUUGACAGCGUGUGUGGGCGGGGAGUUAGAUAGACACGAAGGUUCCGCAGUACAUCGCAGAUACUUCUACAUAACUCUCCUAAGAGAACCUGUUUCAAGGUAUUUGUCCGAGUUCCGUCACGUGAAGCGAGGGGCGACGUGGAAGGGAUCCAGACACUGGUGUCAGGGGCGAACCGCUACUGCUGCGGAAGUUCCGCCGUGCUAUACUGGAGAGUCCUGGCGCGGGGUUACUCUAGAAGAGUUCGCGUCUUGUUCCUGGAACCUGGCUAAUAAUAGACAGACGCGGAUGUUGGCUGAUCUUGCUCUGGUCGGAUGUUACAACGGCACCCUUAGACAUCGAACACCUGACACGGAUAGAGUACUACUGGCAUCCGCGAAGAGAAACCUUGCAGCUAUGUCAUAUUUUGGGCUUACUGAGUUUCAGAAGAUAUCCCAAUACGUCUUCGAGGAGACCUUCAACCUUCGUUUCGCUGUGCCCUUCACUCAGCACAACGCGACCGUCUCCGGAGCAACCCUGGCCGCGCUCACGCCAGCCCAAGUGGAUCACAUCAGACGACUCAACUCCCUCGACCUCGAACUGUACGAGUUCGCGAAGAAUCUCAUGUUCAAACGUUUCGAAGCACUAAAGCACCGUGACAGUGAUUUCGAGUACCGUUGGCGUCACCUGGGCGAGGUCGCCCGCAGCGGAGUCACCGAGUUCGAUUGGGACAGCAACUUGGAAGACGCCACCACGGAGAAAUCUAGAGGUAAAUCAAUGAAAUCGAAGAAGCUUUGAAGAUGUACAUCGGAUGAGUAUUAUUGGUGCAUACGUAUUUAUAAGGAUAAACGAGCCAUGAUUUAUCUUUAUUUUUAUAUGUAAAUUUAAUAACGAUCGAUAUAAUAAUCAAUAAUAAUAUAAUUGUUCUAAGUGUAAAUGUUCCUUAGAGUCUUAUUUUACACUAGUCCAGUUUUAACGUCCGUUUGUAUCGAAGUAAUCAAAACGUAAUUAAUUUGUAUUUGGCAACUAUUUUUUCUGGCAGUUAAAAUAAAUGAUUUUAUGUUUUAAUAUAAUUAUUUUUAAACAGUAAAUACUCUUUCAAAUGUAUCAACAUGGAUAUUAUUUGACAUUAUUAACUGACAUCUGCUGUCAUUCGAUAUUGACAAGUCAUCUGUCAAAGAGAUGGAAUGUUGUUGUAAAUAUAUUUGUACAUUUAAGGUUGUAUUUAAAUAUAACGUCGUUGUAUAUGAUAUAUGAUAACGCAGCUUAUUAAUGUUAGGUUUGAUGGACACCAUACGACGUCCGAUUCGUCGGCGUCUCGAGAUUACGUUCGUCAAUAUGAUCUGUCAUGUUGGCAUGAAGCGUUCGACGGUUGUGUUUGCGAAAGUGAAAUGCUGUUAUUCCAUCCCGGUAUCCAUUAAUUGUAUAGUUAGUACGUUGACAUUUAAUAGUACAGGGUGGGUAAUGCAUCUGAUAUGAGCCCAACGAAAUUUUAACCUAGCGUAUACGUGUAUAGGGUACGAAGUUGAACAGCGAACAGUAUUUAAUUAAAUGUCAAAGAUCACAAGACAGCGAAGAUAUUCAGUGGAUGUGCUUUUGUGUAAUCAUGUUUGUAUGUUAUAUGGAACCUUUGAUCUGCCAAUACUUGUGAUAAUUGAGAUAUCAUUGAUACAAUAGUUAUUCAUAAUCCGACUCUAGCUUAAUUUCCGUUUGUCAUUUACUUGGUAUUCUAGACACGAUCGAGUUACGUUACGUUAAGAAUACUAUCUAAAUUUACGACCAUAUUUUAAACCGUCGUAUACAUAUCCGACGAUUCCGUCGCUGGCUCAGCGAACAAAAUUUUUGAAGGAAUAUUUUCUAAGCCACGCUUGGUUGACAUUUUCUGGAGUUAUUUCGAGACUAAAAGCUCCAAAGGCAGCAGGUGCUAUGGAAAGCCUAAAUAUCUAUGUGAAUAUCUCUUGAAUAAUUUAACAGAGCACACAGCACUGUAUAAAACUGUGGCUCUACGCGAUUUAGUUCGUAUAAAAUGUAUCUGGGUUGGUUCUUAUGAAAAAUAGUGCUGCUUGCAUAGUUUAUGAUUUGGCGGCGCAGCGGCGUCUCUGUGGCGGUAUGUUAAAUUAUAUAUUACCGGCGAGCGUCUUUUUUUAUUCUUAAUUGAUUAAUAAGUUGGGGUUAUCAAGUUUUUUUUAUGAGAGUUAAUAGCUCUUUAUAGUAGCAAAAACAGAGAUCAAGAGAUCACGCAGAUAAGUAAGUUGACGAAUUAUUUUAAAUAUAUUAUCACCCACCGCGACAUUAUAAUUCGAAUAACGUUCGUCUAAAAUUGUAUUCCCUGUCCCGAAUAUUUGAAGUUGCCAGCUCCAGCCAGUAUUGUUGGCUGGCCAUAAAUUCGUUAAUAUAAUUACAGCUACUAGUUAAACAUGGCAACUUUGACAUCGGUAUGAAUUUUCAUCAAGCAUUGCUUCCUCUAAUAUUUACGUAUAGUUUAUUCGUGUUAAAUUUAUGGGUAUAUUAACCAUUUAUUUCUUAUAACAUUACUACAUAGAUUACAAUAAACGUCGUAUACAACUAGAAGUGACAAGGCUAUUAGCUUUGAAGUUUGACAUUGGCAUUUUGACAUUGACGUUAUAAUAACAAAAUAAGCGUUCAGAAAUUAAGCAAUUAAAAUAUUAAUUAACACAUAGCAAAAACAAUAUUCGCUGUUAAAUUAAAUUAUGUAAUAAAGAACUCUACCGACCCACAUAACGGAAUGAAGUCGAGCGAGAAUUUUCAAUUAUUUUCUAGUAUUGGCUUAUUAAUUUAGUCGAUCAUUUUUUAGCGUACAAUAUUUAUAUUUUAUUUACUGUUCGUUCUUCAACAUGAAGCGUAAUAUUCCUGAUAGCUUAAGUUAUUCCAUAGGAUAGGUGUUCUUGUGUUGCAUGCAUGGUUUUGUAAUGUUAGUUGCAUUGAUCGUAAUAAUUUCAGUUGAUCAAAACCAAAGAACGAAAAUUCGCUUUUAAAAUUUGACUUUGCAUCGAACAAUGUUAUUGUUGUGGCAAUGAAAUUCGUCCUUAAAUACGACUGUUAUUGAUGCGGGCAUAUCAAAAUCGUUUUUUCUUGUUGUGCGGUAAACCGCGACGUUGGCUGGUGGAAGAUUACGUUAAUAAGCAGACUCGGUAGAUUAAUUAUAAUUACAAUUGAAACUGAGCUUCCGAAGAAAUAUGUAAUAAGAAAUGUUUGCGUAUUAACAUCGAUUAAAAAACUAUAUUAUUUGAUUAUGAGUAAUACCUAAAAGCAAUUUAAUCGCUUAACUUUUGACAUGCAAUAAACGUUAAGCGCUGAGUGAGCAGGGUUAAGUGUAACUUCCUGUGGAGAAGUCGUUUUAUUUUGAAUUUCGAUACUUAAUUGGUGGAAUAAAACGUGUGUCUUAAUCUAACUCACUUCUGUCUAACGAUCGCUGCUAUGAUUGUGAAUAUUGUUUUUAUAAUAAACAACUCAAAAAGGUAUUAUUUUUAAGGAAACAUAAAAAUAUUUUAUACAAAAAAAAAAUCAACCGAAUGUCAAGCGGCUCUCUGUACUAAGUAACUGUCGUGUUCUAUCAAAAACCAAUCUAAAAGAUAAGCAUAUUAAUAGUUGUACUUGGACUUUUGAUUUCGUUUUAAGUUAGAUAUAUAAUGUUUUGUUUACCUUCAACGCAUGUGUUCGUUUUAUAUAGGUUUUGUAUAUAGAUAUAACGAUUCGUGAAUAUAUUUUUGUUAAUCGGGAGAGUGUAUCUAGUGAAUGCUGUUAGUCUUAAAUGGAAAUUAUGGUACAUAUGAUCCGAGUAAAUAUAUGUAUUGUAAUAAUAAUAUUCGAUUAAUUCUAAAAAAUUGACAAUAGCAAAGCAGUAUUAUCGAAGAGUAAUCGCAAGAGACUAAAGAAAAAUUAUUAUAAAAUAUAUAAAAAUUAUAAUAUCCGAUAAAAAUAUUAUGCAACUGAUUUUUCAUAUAAAAAAUUUAUAUAUAGUUUGAUUUUACCAAUUAUUAUUUUUUUCUUUUUCGUAAUAUCAGUUAUUUUUUAAAGUUUGUCGAACAUGUAUUUUGUAUAUAGAAAUUUUGUUAACUCGUAUGCCAUAAGACGUAUAAUUUUAUUAUAAUGCAUCUAGAACCAAAAUUUAGUUCAUAGUCUAUUUUCUUUAAGUUCCCGACUGAACCAAAAUGUACAUAAGUGUUAAGAGACCGAAUAAAAUAAUUGAGAACA